UCCUGUCGCUUGCCUUUAGGACCACUUCGAAUGGUUCGUAGUGGAAAAAAUGGUGACCUUCAUCUUAAACAAAUUGCAUAUUAUAAGCGGACUGGCGAGUAUCAUCCAACUACAUUGCCAAGCGAGAGAAGUGGCAUAAGAAGAGCAGCAAAGAAAUUUGUCUUUAGAGAAAAAAAGCUGUAUUAUGUUGGAAAAGACAGAAAACAAAAUCGUUUGGUAAUUGUUUCAGAAGAAGAAAAAAAGAAAGUCCUAAGAGAAUGCCAUGAAAAUGACACUGGAGCCCAUCAUGGCAUAUCCAGAACACUUACACUAGUGGAAUCCAAUUAUUAUUGGACUUCUGUGACCAAUGAUGUCAAACAGUGGGUAUAUGCUUGCCAGCAUUGCCAAGUUGCAAAAAGUACAGUUGUUCUAACACAUAAACAGCACCUUCUCAAGGUGGAGAAUCCCUGGAGCAUAGUUACUGUUGACCUGAUGGGCCCAUUUCAUGCAAGCAACAAAAGUCAUGUAUAUGCUAUAAUUAUGACAGACUUGUUCACAAAAUGGGUUGUGAUUUUGCCUUUAUCUGAUGUUUCAGCAUCAGAAAUUUCUAAAGCUAUUAUCAAUAUAGUUUUCUUAUAUGGACUUCCUCAGAAAAUAGUAAUGGACCAAAGAGAUGAGUUCAUUCAUCAGAUCAAUAUUGAACUGUGUGGGUUGUUUGGCACAAAACAAAUUGUAAUUUCUCAUGCUUCUCAAACUGUUAAUCCAGCUGAAAGCACACCUAGCACAGUCAAAACGUUUCUCUCCAAACACUGUGCUGAACACCCUGACAACUGGGAUGAUCACCUGUCAGCGCUUUCUUUUGCCUUCAACAUAACUCACUUGGAACCUACUAAAAAUACACCAUAUUUUCAAAUGUUUAACCGAAAUCCCUAUAUGCCUGAGACUUCAGAUAUUCUUCGUAAAGUGGAUGGUGAUAAUACAAGUACAUUUGCCAAAAUUUUAGGUGCAAUUAAAGAAGCUGAUGAAAAAACGGAAAAUAAGACAACUUCAGCAGGCCAGAUGGAGAAUAACAAUUUUGAGGAACAAAAUAAAAGCAAAAUCAUUGUUAAAAAGAAACCAAAGCAAUUAAAUCCUUUUCAUUUAAAAGUGGGUCAUGAAGUUUUAAGACAGAGGAAAAACUGGUGGAAGGAUGGUCGUUUCCAGUCAGAAUGGGUUGGUCCCUGUGUCAUAGACUAUAUUACAGAAAGUGGAUGUGCUGUUCUGAGAGACAACACUGGAACUAGACUUAAAAGACCUAUCAAGAUGUCUCACCUUAAGCCCUACGUGAGAGAAUCCAGUGAACAAGAUAGUCUUUAUUUCUUACAAGGCUCAGUAGUGGCAGAUCAUGACUACAUUGGCUUGCCUGAAAUUCCAGUUGGAGCAUAUCAAGCAAAUAUUCUCGUAGAAGAUGCAACUAUGGGUGCAGUCACUAAUGAGUUACUGACAUCAAGCAAAGAUCGUGAAAUAUUAGAAUAUAGAAGUACCAAAAUAUCUCCAUUGAUAGAAGAUCAUAAUGCUCUUGAAAAACAGACUUUCAGUCUGUUGGACUCUUCAAGCCAAGUACUUGAUUACUUAAGUUAGUGAUAGCAAAUUCAUUUAAUUUGCUUGUUUAGAAUGUAUAACACUUUGAAUCUUGAUGUCUUUUUCUUCCAAAGGAUUGUCUAGAAAUGUGUCUUGACAUACCCUCAAUGACUAAAUCCUGAAAGUUUAUUUUAUAAUUAUUUAUAGAAAGUUGUUCUGUGUUUGAAUGUUAGUACAUAUAAAAAAGGACAAAAGAGGCAUAUAAUAUAUAAAAUUCUUUUUUUCUCCCCUUCUAAAAUGAGAACAAGCAAAGCUUGCUUACUUCUUAGGAAGUAAACUAAAUUCCAGCUCAAAGCUCUUAAAUCUUUGUUUGGUAUUGAUACCUUGUUUACAGUUUUAAUUUUUCUGCAAUAGUUUCCUCUUUUAAAAAAUAAGUUUAAAUUACCUAGAAUGGGUCUAAUAAAUAUUUAUUCAACCACAAAAAUGUAUUAAAUGGAACUUUUGUGUCAUUAGAACUUUUAUGAACAGUAUUUUUAAAAAAAAUCUAGAUUGGUUUAAUGAAGUCUUACAUGAUAUUUGUAUCCUUUUUGGCUCAGGAUUAGAAUCUGAAACUAUAUUGGUUUGAAAACAAUUGUGAUUUCCAUAAUACAUAUUAAUACCAAAAACAUACAUUAAUAAGCAUUUUCCUACAAUCUUAAGGAAGUGACAUUGAUAACUAAUAUCAAAAUUUUAAACUAUAUGUAAUACUAAUAUCUUUAUAAUAGUGAACAAAUGUUUGUUGUAAAACACUUUGAAGAAUACUGUGGGAAAAUUAAAAGAUGAAUCAGAUAUGUGCCUCCUCCUUAUAAGAGAUUUACAGUCUGGUAAGGAAUAUAGACCAUGUAAACCCUGCACGACACGAGUCACAAGUUACAUACUAAAUUCUGGAAGAAUGCUUAGGUACACAAAAAGGAGGUUCUUUCUGUAUAGGAAAUUUAUGAAGAAGGAGCUUAUAAGGACACUUGGGCUUAUAAAAGAAGGAUCACUUGGGGCCCUCCCUGGUGGCACAGCUGGUUAACGCACAGCACUAAGAAACUAAAGCCAC